AUCUAUUGAAGCAUUUUCAAGUUUAGAUAAGUUGAUUUUAGCGAGUGUUGUACGUUUUGUAGCAAGUGAUUAAAAACCGACGAAAGAAUUGCUGAAAUUCGGCUUAAAAAUAGUAUGUUUUGUGGGUGGCAUUAGGCACAUGUAAACUUACUAUUAAAUGGCUGAAACGUCAACGUUUUAGGUUUAGUUAUAAAGAUUAUGCUCAUUACAUUAACAAAAAGUAAAGUGUUUGGGGUUCUGUGAAGAAUAUUUACGAUGUGUUGAGGAUCUUUUAUAAAAAGGAUAGGAACUGUUGUGGAAUUGCAUACAAAAACCCCCUAGGGAAACUCCUCGUCAACUUACUCCUGUGUGCUGAUCGUCUCUCAACACCAGCACCACCAUGCCGCAGAACGAGUAUAUUGAGCGUCACAUCAAGCUACAUGGGCGCCGGCUCGACUAUGAAGAACGCAAACGAAAGCGCGAGGCUCGUGAGCCGAAGAAGCGCGCCGCGAUGGCUCGUAAAUUGCGCGGCAUCAAGGCUAAACUGUUCCAAAAACAACGACGCAAUGAAAAGAUUCAGAUGAAGAGAAAAAUUCAAGCUCACGAGGAGAAGAAGGUCAAGAAAACAACGGAGAAGGUUGAGGAUGGUGCGAUUCCCACAUAUCUGCUCGAUCGUGGCGUGCAGUCUAGCGCCAAGGUACUGUCCAACAUGAUUAAACAGAAACGGAAGGAAAAAGCCGGCAAAUGGGAUGUACCGAUUCCAAAAGUUCGAUCUCAGUCUGAUGCGGAAGUAUUCAAAGUGAUCCGCAGUGGAAAAACAAAACGAAAAGCCUGGAAGCGAAUGGUCACUAAAGUUACAUACGUGGGGGAAAAUUUUACCAGAAAACCACCAAAGUUUGAACGAUUUAUUCGACCGAUGGCACUCCGUUUCAACAAGGCGCAUGUGACGCAUCCGGAGUUAAAGGCCACAUUCCACCUGCCCAUCAUCGGCGUCAAAAAGAAUCCUUCCUCGCCCAUGUAUACCAGCCUUGGGGUUAUUACCAAGGGUACUGUGAUCGAAGUCAACAUUUCCGAACUGGGUUUGGUCACACAAUCUGGUAAAGUAGUCUGGGGCAAGUAUGCUCAGGUCACAAACAAUCCCGAGAAUGACGGUUGCAUUAAUGCUGUGCUUUUAGUUUAAUUCAUGUACCUUCUACCAUCGUUAGCUUUAAUUUAAUUUUUAAGAUUGCGUUGUUCGUAUGCGAAAUAGGAACAAAUACACAUUUUCAGGUCGAAAUUACAGAA